GAGUCUGAUUCUCAUCACCCGUAGUUCCGAUCCCAGUACCUUAUCAUCUGGUUUUUGUUCAGCAUUCCCUGAAUCAUUAGAGAAAGUCGUUCCCAAAUAUCAUACGCAGAGUAAAAUGAAUAGUACCGGCAGAACCAUCAAUAAUCGUACCCACUUUGGCGUUGAAUUAUCCAAUAUUCAUUUCAGUAUAGAUAGUAACCGUUUGAAUAAUGGAUUUAAUGUGAACUUUGAAACAUUAUUAUUUGGAAGAAGUGUGAGUAGACGUUGUAUAACCUAUUCAUCGGCUUCAAUUAUUGACGAACAGUGUGUAGUAACAGAAUUGGUUGUAGCAUUAGACUGUAGUUUGUGUCGGUUUGUUGAAAUUUUUCAAAUAAACAGUGUGCGGUUAGUUGAAUUGUCUCUAACUGAUACAUUCAUUUCAUUCUUUUGUAUGAGAAUGAAAGAUUUGUAUAGAACUUAUUCGUUUGCAAAUAAACAAAAAACAAGAAACUCUUACCGAAGAACACAAUCUGGCAGCUCUCUUCUCAGUAGAAAUCAAGCAGGCACCUCCUCGUUUUUGAAAUUGAGCGUUUCUUGUGUAUCAGAAUUGAUUUCAAAGUUUGAAACGAUGUCUGCUCAAAGUGGCAAUUUCAAGUCCAUUUCAAAUAGUAGAAGUGUAUCUGAAGUCAAAGAUAGUUCUGAAAGUAAUGAUGUUUCGAUUUCGAAACAGCAAUCUCAGAAUAUGGCACUCCCAACAGUAUCAAGGAAAUCUCUGGAAAAGGAAAAGGAGGUCUCGGAUGAAAAAAAUAUUGACGAAACUAUGAAGAAGGAAAUUCCGGAUAAAAAAAAUAUUGGGGAAAUUGUAAAGGAGAAGAUUGUAUCAGCUGAUGGAAUGAAAGAAUCUUUCAAACCAGUAGUAACAAUAAUAGCUCUGAAAGAUCGUUGUGUGAGUCCAAGCCGUUUGGAUCCUACACCUAUUACACAGUCCACAGCUUUUAAAGCUCUUUGUAUGAGGGCUAAGGAAGGGAUAGAAACACUACCUCUAAAAUACUCAUCCCUCUCUUCAAAAACCCAUCUUCCUCGUAAGCAAGUAAGUGACUUGAGAACUUCAAAACCAAGUUCUCAAACCUCUUUUGAAGGCACAAAACCUCUUGCAGUGAAUAAGAUAGGAAUAUGUAAAGACAUGGAACUAUUCCCGAAUGAUGAUCUAGACUCGCCUGCUUAUGACAAUCAAUACUGGGCAAACAAGUCAGGAAAACCAGACGCAGCAGCAAUAGAUCACGGAACAUCUACUAUUUCGGAAAAGGAUACUUCAAAAAUUACAGAGAAUGUUAGAGAAGCAUCGCUGCCAAGCUCAAAAAUUGAUGAAACAGGAAUCUCAUUUACCACAAAACAAGAAAGUUCUGAGCACACCACUAAAGAGGAGAAACUAAGAGAGGAAGAUGAAAAUUCUAAAUCGCUUCCAAGUCUAGCAGAAGAGAACUCUAAAUUCAUAAAAGAAGAAUCAACUAUUAUUCAGAAAGUUAUCUCUAAUGAAAAGCCAUUCAAAAUUGAACCAAUUUCAUCCGAGGCAGGUAAAAAUGGGAAUAAAAUUGAUAUUCCUGUUAGAGAAAUAGAUGUCAAAUCGGAAACGAAUAAAUUCGAUCUUACCAACAUUAUUGAGAGAGAUGAAGGAGAAGAUUUCAAGCAUAGCGAAGAAGAAAAGCAGCAAUCGAUUCCAAUUGAAUUGACUAGCAAGAAUAGAGAAGAAAUUCUCAAUGAAGGUAUCGCUACAAUUGUUUCAUCAUUUUCUCCUCAUCAAUCUUCUGACUUUGAUACCAAAGAAACUGCGAAAUUGCAAGGAGCAGAUGGAAAACAAGUUAUUGAAAAAGAAUUGGAUACAAAUAAUUCUAAGGACAAGAAUGAUUUGGCGUUCAUGAAUAAUGAGAGAACUUCCACAUUGACCUCAGAAAUAAUCAAUGAGAACACUCUCUCCCCUCGUGAUACAGUUCUACAGUUCUUGAAAACUGAAGCAAGUGAAACUUCUGUUCAAGAAUCAGAGUCUGCAUCUCGCGAUAAGAAGCUAACAAAUAUUGUAUAUGAUAUGCUGAUUGAUCAAGAAACAAGUAACAGUCAAUUCCAUGAUAAGAUACAAUCUAAACAGAACUUGGAAGUGAAAAAUGCACAUGAAGAGAAUAUAACGGCUGAUGAUAUUCAACAGUCAGUUCCCAAUAAAUCCCGAUUAGACUCAUCCGAGGAAAUGAUCAAAGGAAUUGCUGCUAAACCAGAAGUGACAAUACCAUAUGAAAAUGCUAUAUCAUUUGUGACAACACCUACUAUGCAGAGAAAGAAAAUUGGUGGAUCUCAAAGACUUUCAAGAGAAGAGCGACCUGCUCUUCGUGAAGUGACACACGUUGUAGAUUAUAAUAGCUCUGAGGACAGUGAGGAAUGUGAUGACAAAGGAUACACUGUCACUGAACCAACUGAACGGGAUAGAGAGCAGGAGUUCCUUCAAGACAGAAAGGUCACAUUCAAAAUCGAAUCAGAAGAUGAAGAAGAAAAGAUGGAAGACGUGGUUGGAGUUGAAUUUGAAGAAGUGGGGAAUGAUGAGGUCAUCAGUAAUAAACAAGGUUCUCAGAUUAAUGUGAAGAGACAAAUGAUUGACCAAGAAUUGGUUACUGUUAGUGGUGCAUCUCAGGAUUUGAUCGAUGCUAAGCCAACAAAGAUCGAACGCCGCUUUGAGAGGAUGGCAUCUGAGACCAUAGAACAGAAUGCCGAAUCGACGGUAUCGACCGAGGGCGAAUUCCAGAGGAUGGUUUCACAGCUGUCGACCGAAGAGGUGGACGAGUAUCUGCAGCUCUGGGAUGAGGGUGGCCUCACACCAUCUUCUGAACUUGACUCGCGAGAUGCUACAGUCGAGAGUGCUGACAUGGAUGAGGAAGUUGAAGCAAUCCCACAAGAGAGCAGCUGGUCUGUAUCACAAGAACAAGAGCAACGACCAACAGACACGAGUGAAUUUUCUCCCAAACCUCCUCCCCGCACAACCACAAAACCUGAACCCUGCAUUGAUAACUCUGUCAAACAGCCUGAAAUUUGUCAACAGCCUGAUCAAGAAGACGCACAAGAUUAUUCAAUCAAGAAAAAAUUCUGGGAACAAAUAUCGAGUUCUGGAGAAGCAGAAGUUAAAAUUGCCAAACAUCCAGAACCAACUGCUCCACCUCCAGUUCCUCGCCCAAGGUCCAGUAUAGUAUCUUCAGUAUCACUAUUGAAAUCUGAAGCUGAAAGUGACACCGAAACUACUAUCACAACUCUUAGUGAUUCGACAAUUAGAUUGAAAAAUGUUCAGCAAGAUGCCCUCAGUAAGCACUCCUUCACAGGCUCUUCAGAUGCUUCUGACAAGGAAGAAGUUUCUGAAACAGAUGCCGCAGAAUCCAUUCUUCCUGUCAGUGUUCCAGCUACAGUGUCAUCUGCAGUUGUCGAAUCUACUGAAGAACAGGACAAGCAACCCCUACUUUCUAGCAGUAGUGAUUCAGAAAGCGAACCUAAUCUCAAAUCGAAAGAUAAACCAUCACCAGCUAAGAAGUCAUUGUCAUUAGAUACCGAGAAGAAAUCCAAAAUUCCUGUGGUUGCCACCAGAAAAACAGUUUAUGAGAGAUCAGUCUCUCUGCCCACCAGUGACCUUGACUCUUCCAUCAGUAGUGUUCGAGCAAAGAAGAGAUAUUUUGAGGCACAAAUCAAAAAGGAGAUGGUUGUAGAUCAGCUCAUGACUCAGUUAGAAGAAGAAUCAUCUCCAGAGCACAAGUCAAUCAAUCAAAAAGAAAAUGAGAAGCCAACUGCUGAUGCUGAAGCAAUGGUGAGCCGACAGAUACACAGUCACAUAUUCAGUCAUGAAAUGGACGAGCAAAUUGAAUCUCUUGUACCUGAGAGCAAACAUAUUUUGGAAGCAGAAGAGGCCCUAGUGGGCAAACCAGUGACUGUAACUGAGGUGGCAGAGGUCAAUAACAAGGUAGAUGCUAGAAGAACAGUCAAACGAACCGAUUCGACACUUUUUGAAGCGGAGAUUGUCAAGCUUGAACCUGUAAUGAAGGAAACAAAGGAAGAAUCUUCAAUCACCUUGGACAAUGUAAUUACAAAUAAUGUGAAAAACAUGAAAAAUAUCUUUGAAAAUUUUUCAGAGCAGCCGAGUCUUGAAAAAUCAAUUACAGAACCCGAAGAAUAUUCUUCUGCAGAAACUAAAAGGAUAUUUGAUGAGCAAAAUAUCUGUAAUGAUUUUAUUGAAGAAAAAACAUCAACAUCCCUCUCUUCAAUGCCAGAAAAAUUGGAAUUCGGAAGUGGAGAUCUUCCCAAUCAAACAUCUGAUUCAAUGGAAGUGCACAUAGAUAAAAGUGAAAUUGAAGAGUCUGAGAAAGAAAAAGAUACUGAAGAAAUGUUGAAACAGGAAGAAUAUUCAAACCUAGUCAAGGACAAAAUCAUGCUUGAAGAAGAUGAACCUAUACCAUCCAUUACUGUAACCCUAUCUGGUAAGCAGAGAACAGAUAGCUAUAGCCCAGCAGAUAGUGAAGAUAACCAAUCUGAGGCCGACAUUGUCCCAGAGCACUCCAGUACUGAAGAGAAAGCUCAGAAGGUGUUGGAAUCUCAAUUAAAAUUCGCAAAAACUUCAUCUGAAAGUCGAGAGCCAUGUGUACAUACUCCUGAAGAGCACUUCCCGGACACUGUAUGGGAGGUUCCUGUACAGCAAGAGCCUGAAACAUCUGAGCAGGAAGUUGCUCAUGACAUACCAAUAGAAAGUCAAAUUAUAGUUGAAAAAGAUGAGGAAGACUCUUUGUCUUCAGACAUCAAGCAAUUCCAGAGCAUCCUCAAUAAGAACAAAAUUAGCAUCUCAGAAGAAGAGGCAAGAGAAAUUGCAGAGCAGGUUGUAGAAUAUAUAGAAGCAAAAAUAGCUGAGAAGAAUAUUAUAAUAAACGACGCAAAAGUCAAUAUUGGCUCAAUGAACAAAGAAGUUACUGAGUAUUUCAAGCAACUAUCCACAGAAGACGUAGAUGAAAAACUUAUAGAAUCCGUUAUAGCUAAGAAACAGAGAGAACAGAUCAUGAAAGCAUCUAGAAAAGAUACAACAACAUCAAGCAUGGAAAUAACUGAUGAGGAUCUUCGUAGUAGCGGCGUUGAUAUGGAUAUCUCCCUUAUUGAUAGUUUCCCAUCAAAAUUGAAGCACCUUGAUGAGAAGAGUGAAACCGAUGAAGCUAGUGGAUGAGAAAAC